ACAGGAAACUUACUGGGUCUCUCACCUCAACUCCUCUGAACUGCGUUUGUGCGCCCACAGUCACACAUCAGCAUUAUCAUUUUGAGCUGGUUAUGACAAGAGAAGCAGAUCAUGAGCUCCAUCACUUCUUUUAAGGGAAUAACUCUGUAAUCUUAAUGGCAGCACUUGAAAUCUGAUGUUAUUGGAUGCUUGAAGAUACAUUUAAAGAGAAAAGAUGGGAUGCAACUGCAGCUCGGACUAUUCAGAAGGCGACUGGAUCGAGAACUUGGAUGAAAUCUGUGAACACUGCAACUGCCCCAUACCUCCACAAUCAUGCAAUCCAUACACAGAUCAGCUGAUCCCAUCACAGCAUUCGCCUCCCACAUCGCCUCUACCAGACAAUCUUGUGGUGGCUGUAUACAGCUAUGAACCCAACCAUGAUGGCGACCUGGGCUUUGAGAAGGGAGACAAACUCAAGAUCAUCAACAAGGAUGAUCCAGAGUGGUAUCUGGCCGAGUCUCUCACCACGGGCCAGCAGGGAUACAUCCCAUACAACUUUGUUGCAAUGACCACAAUGGAGACUGAACCGUGGUUCUUUAAAAACAUUUCUAGAAAUGAUGCCAUGAGGCUCCUCCUCGCUCCUGGGAAUACGCAGGGCUCCUUUCUGAUUCGAGAGAGUGAGACAACCCCAGGGUCAUACUCCCUAUCAAUCAGGGACUUGGACCACAACAGUGGUGAAGGAGUCAAGCACUACAGGAUCCGCAACAUGGACAAUGGGGGCUUCUAUAUCACAGCCAAGAUAUCCUUUAACUCACUGAAGGAGCUCGUGCAGCAUCACUCACGGGAUGCAGACGGGUUGUGCGCAAAGCUGCUGAAGCCGUGUCAGUCGAAGGCUCCACAGAAGCCCUGGUGGCAGGAUGAGUGGGAGAUCCCUCGUGAAUCUCUGAAGCUGGAGCGCAGACUUGGAGCAGGACAGUUUGGAGAAGUCUGGAUGGGUGUCUACAAUAACGACAGAAAGGUGGCCAUUAAGAACCUGAAGAUGGGCACAAUGUCAGUGGAAGCCUUCCUAGCAGAGGCCAACAUGAUGAAGAACCUGCAGCACGCACACCUUGUUCGCCUCUUCGCUGUCGUUACCCAGGAGCCGAUCUACAUCGUCACAGAAUACAUGGAAAAUGGUAGCCUGGUGGAUUACUUGAAAACAACGGAAGGAAGCAGCCUGCCUAUGAACACUCUGAUAGACAUGGCAUCUCAGGUUGCACAAGGAAUGGCCUUCAUUGAGCAGAAAAAUUACAUUCAUCGAGACCUGAGAGCAGCCAAUAUCCUAGUGUCACAUGAGCUCGUCUGUAAGAUUGCUGACUUCGGACUGGCAAGGCUGAUUGAGAACAAUGAAUACACAGCAAGAGAGGGUGCAAAGUUCCCCAUUAAAUGGACCGCCCCAGAGGCCAUUAACUAUGGCACCUUUUCUAUAAAAUCUGAUGUGUGGUCGUAUGGGAUCCUCCUGACAGAAAUUGUGACGUAUGGACGCAUACCUUACCCUGGAAUGUCCAACCCAGAGGUCAUCCAGAACCUGGAGAGGGGCUACAGAAUGCCAAGGCCAGAAAACUGCUCAGAGGACCUUUACAACAUCAUGUGUCUGUGCUGGAGGGAAAACCCAGAUGACAGACCCACCUUUGAGUACCUGAGGAGUGUUAUGGACGAUUUUUUCACUGCCACAGAGAGGCAGUACCAGGAGUAGACCUGCAAGUGCAGACAGACUUACAGGCAAAUGCAUUCAAACUAUAGGCACAGCCUACCGAGCUGGACGCUGGAUUUUUUUUUUUUUAUUCUGUCUGUUGUACAUUACUUACCUUUAUAUUGACCUGGUACAAGCUCAAAUUUCAAGCUAAGUGUACUUUGUUUCUGCAUUUGUCUUUUCUGAAAUAAUCUUAUAGAAUCUAUAGCCUUGUGUUGAGCUGUGGACCCUUGUACCGCUGGAUUACUGCAGAGAACUGCAGAAAAGAAGAGCAAUCAUCAUGCUGCUUGAUGAAACAUGGAAGUGUCUGAUGUAGCUGAAUAAACUCAUGUUUAAUAUGUUUAUACCGUCAUUGUGCUUCAGCUUUGAUUUAUUUUUGCAGCUAAAUAAAUUUUAUCCAAUUUAUUUACUCAUAAUAAAAUCAUUGAUACUUUUUACAUUCAAUAAAUCAACAACUCAUCACAGCCCAUUUCUCCAAAAUUGACCCACCAGCAACAAUAUAUUUUCAAAAAUAUAAUAUGUAAAUAUUAUUUCCAAAGAUUGUA